AUGGAGGAGCAGAGGGUGGUGGUGCUCGUCGAAGAGGCGGACGCCGCCGUGGAGGCGCUCCGGUGGGCGGUGAGGAACUUCCUCCGCCGCGGAGAUACGAUAACGCUUCUCCACGUCUUGCCUGCGUCGCGGUCGAGGAAGAGGCAGCGGCUUCUCCGGCUCAGGGGAUUCCAGUUGGCGCUCUCCUUCAGAGAUCUCUGCUCUCGCGUCCCUGAGGUAGGUCUCCCUCUACUCCGGGAGAAAUGUCUCCUCUGAUCAGAUCGGAUGCUUCGUUGGCACAGCUCAUCGGCGGAGCGAAAAUCUGUGAGGAUCCGAGGAGGGGAAGUGCUCGCGGAGGAAGGGAGAUCUUGACGGGGAUCCCUCUCCUGGAAAUGCGAGGGGGAGGUUUGAGAGGGGAGAGAAUGGCGGAGGUGAUCUGUGGCCUGACGGUCUCCGUGUUGCAGGCAAAAGUGGAGAUCGUGGUGAAGGAAGGGGAGCAGGCGGUGACGGUGGCGGCGCUGGUGAGCGAGAUCCGCGCGUCUGUCCUCAUUCUUGGGCUCCACGAGCACAGCUUCCUCUACAAGUGAGUACCCUCGGGCCCCUCCAUCCCUUCUCCCAAUUCCCACGCGGUGAACACAGCAGUUCCCGUUCGUCGGUUUUAUACCAAAUUUCCGGUCACCUGCUCUCAGCGAUUCAUCUGUUCUUCCCUGUUUUGGAACGAAUCAGCCCCUCGAUCCAUUGAGGAUCCACCGCCGGGGAAUCUAGUAUGAAGACCGUGGUUUCUUCCCAUACAGCGGUCACAGAUACACAGACACAGAGACACAGAGAGACAGAGAUAGAAAGAGACAGACAAACAGACAGAGACAGACAGAGAGGUCCUCCGUGUUCUCCCCCUUGUGGCUGUCUGUAGUUCCACCAUCCGUUUUCCGAUAAUCGAUGACACUGGCACCUCGUCGGAACGAUGAGGAAGGGAGCCAUGGCCCAAGGUUUGAAGCUCCGAAGGAACCUGCUCAUUCUCGUUUUCCCCGCAGAUUUUCGACGGCACACUUUUCUGUGAGGAAUCUCGAUUGCCGGAUCCUCGCCGUGAAGAAUCACCCGACGGAUUGCGACGGUUUCGUUGGCGUGGAGUUCUCCCAGGUGGAGAUCGCGAGGCUAUGGUGAGUUAUCCGGAAGAGAGCAAUUCAUCCCUGGUUCUCCCCUCCUGUUCUUACAUUCACCACCGCGCGCGCAGCAUGCGGCCGCAGAAGAUCCCCUACCGCAUCCUCCCCGUCUGCUUCAGGAGAAAAUCGAGGAAGAAGAGGAGAGCAAAUGGUUGA